AUGCCGUAUAUGCAUCCUGGCGAAAAUUUUCCGUGGCUUGCGGGCCUGGUAAUUCACAUUAAAAUUAAGAGAAAUACACAGUUUAUGAAGCGCAUAAAGAAGGAGAGGGAGUUGAAAAAGGGAAAAGAAACAAAAUUUCCUGUGCCAAAAAGGAAAUGGGCCCAAAGCAUUCACGUUUCGAAGUAUUUCAAGAGAGCAUAUUGCGUACGUACAAAAAAAAAGGAGUUGUAUUAUUAG